AUGCAACUCACCAACGUUGUGGGCCUCUGCCUCCUGGCCAUGACCGCCAAUGCGGCCGUCCUGCCCCGAUUCGCCGGCCCCUACCACGGCGCUCGCAUCUCAGUGCAUGUGCCCAGAAAUGGUACAGCUCCCAAUAACGCGACCACCACUAGCACCGCCACCAAAGCCAAGGGAGCACUGGUCACGGGUGUGUCAACGGUCAAGAACGGCAGUAGCAGUAACGUGCCUCACUCGUCGCAUGGCCCGCAAAAUGCCAAUAUCCCACUGAACUCGAAUAUUCCCAACCACAUCAAGCACAUCAACCACUGUAACGAGCUGUGCUCAUUGCAGUCACAGACGUGCACGAUUGCGAUGCCGGAUGAGGAUGAGUACUGCAACAAUGGGUACAAGCAGUGCGUAUCUAAGUGCCACCCAAGUGAUUUUGAGUAA